UACAGCGACACCCCGCCCACCACCACUGCUCAUGUGAUUAGCAGGUAUCCUGAAGUUGAUGCUGGCUAUGCACUGUAUUUUCUCAUCUAGUCGUGUAUUGAUAAUAUAGCAGCAUAAAAUGAGCCAUUCAAAGGGAACCAAAACGAUCACGAUUGUGGGAAGUGGCCUGAUUGGUCGGUCAUGGGCCAUGGUGUUCAUCAGUGGAGGGUACAAGGUGAAGAUCUACGACAACCAGCCGGGGCAGGCAGCCAAGGCCAUCACAGAGAUCAGGAAGCAGCUGGGGGAGCUUGAGCAGGCCCAGAUGUUACGUGGCAAUGUGGGCGUGUCCGAUCAGCUGGCCCUGCUCAGUUCCCAUGACGACCUGCAGCAGGCCUUCUUCGUCCAGGAGUCUGUGUUUGAGGAGCUGGAGGCCAAGCAGGCUGUGUUCCAGGCGGUGGAGGCUCACGUUGGGGAGGACGUCAUACUCAGCAGCUCCACUUCCUGUCUGUUGCCUAGCAACGUCUUCUCCCGGGUCCAGAACCGAUCCCGCUGCAUCAUAUCCCACCCGGUGAACCCGCCCUACUACGUGCGUUUGGUGGAGCUGGUUCCGCACCCGGAGACGGUUGCCGCGGUGAUGGAGCUGGCAUAUGGGCUGAUGACAGAGGUGGGCCAGGCCCCCGUCAGGCUCCGCAAGGAGAUCGACGGCUUCGCCCUCAACCGGGUGCAGUACGCCAUCAUCGCAGAGUCCUGGAGACUGGUCAAGGAUGGAAUCAUCUCUGUGGAGGACAUAGACCUGGUGAUGACGGAGGGACUGGGCAUGCGCUACGCCUUCAUCGGCCCCAUAGAAACCAUGCACCUCAACGCACCGCAAGGCAUGGAGGACUACCUGGAGCGGUACCGGGUGGGCAUGAGGAGAGUGCUGUCAUCAUUCGGACCCACACCUGAGUUUGCAGGAGAGGCAGCAGCCCAGGUCACCAAGGAGAUCUCAGCCCUGAUUCCUGCUGACCAGGAGCACCUCUCCGCCAGGAGGGAGAGGCGAGACCGGCUGCUCAUGGCUCUGGCCAAGCUGAAGAAGUGAGCUCACCACGGCCGCUGGACCUCUGCUUGACCCUCCAUGGCAUGACAGGCCGCACAUAGGGAGGGCAGCGGAGGAGGCAAGGGGGUGUGAGGGAGUGGAGGAGAAAUGGGGGAUGUAAGGGAUUCAGGAUGGGAUGGGGUUUUAAGGCUGGCUCCAUGGCAGGGGUCGCACACAAUGAGGGCAGUGGAGGAGGAGGGGUGAGAGGGAGUGGUGUGGUAGGAUGGAGGGGGUUGGGGGGUGCAAGGCUGGCCUGGGAAGAGCACUUUUGGUCUCUGGACAGACGAGGAGGUUGGUGGAUGAUAGCAGCUGGGUUUGCAAAGGGGUUCCUGUGCGGACAGGAGGUGAAAGUGAAAGCCCAAUUGGGAAACUCCAACUCCCAUUGCCAUUGGGACACAGCACUCCACAGCACACAAGUGAACACUGCACACAACUAAAUUGAAUUUAUUCCACACCUGUGAAAGGGGGUAGCCCUCAAAGGCGCGCCCCAAGGCAGCAGUGCGGCAGGAUGGUACCAUGCUCAGGGUACCUCAGUCAUGGAGGAGGAUGGGGGAAAGCACUGGUUAAUUACUCCCCCCACCAACCUGGCGGGUCGGGAGUCGAACUGGCAACCUUUGGGCUACAAGUCUGACGCCCUAACCGCUUACUCAUGACUGCCCAUAGGUAGUGGAGAAGGAGAAGGAUGUGGGGUCCGAACAAAAUUCCACCUGAGCCCUCCACCACCUCCUUUUGACCUGUAGUCAGGCCAGUAUGCAAGGCCAGCCUCCUACCUCCGGCCUCCUCUCAGCCACAUCGACACUUACUUUACUGUGACUUCACUGUGGCUAGCCCUCAAGGGCUCUUUCCCCUGGAUAUCUUGACCACAAUGAAAUGAAAUCUGACUUUCAAUUGCUGUGUACGCGGACGGCCAAGCACUGGAAUAGAUUCAAUGGAAUUAAUGCAGUGAUUAGCCUAUACUCUUGUUAAGUUUUAAGUUGUUAAGUAUUAAUUUACAGUCUUUCUAAUAAAAAAAAUGUGUUUGAAUGAACUGAAAUAAACAAUCAUGGCAUUAU